CCGAGCCGGCCCUUGGAAAGGCAGAGAGAACUGCUGCCGCCGCUUCCUCCUCCUGUUCCCCCACUUUCUGCAGGUUUGGCUAGUUCGGCCUCCGAAGGAGAAGUGAUCCAAGACGUCUCAUUGGGCGGUUGUUCAGCAGCUGACUGGGAAGGAGGGUGGGGAGAAAACGAGAGAACGCGGGCAAGGAAGACCAGGCGGAUGGGAUGGCGCAGGAAGAGGAGACUUACUAUGGCAAGCACGGGACACCACAUAAAUAUGACCCAACUUUCAAAGGCCCCAUUUAUGACAGGAGCUGCACAGAUAUCAUCUGCUGUAUCUUGCUACUGGUUGCAAUUGGGGGCUAUGUUGCAGUGGGUAUUGUGGCGUGGACACAAGGAGACCCUCGUAAGGUGAUUUAUCCAACAGAUAGACGUGGUCAGUUCUGUGGCCAAAAAGGCACACCCAAUGAGCAGAAGCCUUACUUGUUCUACUUCAACAUCAUGAAAUGUGCUAGCCCUUUGGUGUUGCUGGAAUUUCAGUGUCCUACUACACAGAUCUGUGUGAGCAAGUGUCCAGAUAGGUAUCUCACUUUUCUAAAGGCCUCCAGUAUUGAUCACACAGCAACCCAGGAACUAAAAUAUUAUCAACAGUUUUGUGCCCCAGAGUUUACCGAUCUGAAGAAGAGUGCACCUGAAGUGUUGAAAGAUGGUGAAUGCCCAGCCAUGCUUACACCAAGCAAGCCCUUGGCUCAUAGAUGUUUACCUGCAAUCAACAGCAAGAAAGGUGUUAUCAUGGUUGGAAAUGCAACAACUUUUGAUGAUGGAAGUGGAAGUGGGAAGAAAAGGAAUGUGACAGAACUUCUGGAAGGGGCCAAAAAAGCAAAUGUCCUUCUGGAGACAAGACAAGUAGCUAUGAAAAUCUUCGAAGAUUACACCGUUUCCUGGUACUGGAUAAUAAUAGGUCUCGUGAUUUCCAUGGUAGUCAGUCUUGUAUUUAUUGUUCUGCUCCGGUUCCUGGCAGGGAUCAUGAUUUGGGUGAUGAUUGUACUGGUGAUCCUGGUGCUUGGAUAUGGAAUCUUUCAUUGUUAUAUGGAAUAUGCUCAUCUGAAAGGACAAGCUGGUUCUGAUGUCUCCUUGAUGGAGCUUGGAUUCCAGACAGAUUUUCGUGUCUAUCUGCACUUGAAGCAAACCUGGUUAGCUUUCAUGAUCAUCCUGUGCAUUAUGGAAGUUAUCAUUAUUCUACUGCUUAUCUUCUUGCGCAAGAGAAUCCUCAUUGCUAUUGCACUUAUCAAGGAAGCUAGCAGGGCUAUCGGACACAUCAUGACAUCACUUCUGUUUCCACUCUGUACCUUCUUUCUGGUGUGUCUCUGCAUUGCUUAUUGGGCUAGUACUGCUGUUUUCUUGUCUACCUCUAACGAAGCUGUCUACAAGGUGUUUAAUGAUACAGAAUGCCAAUAUGCUGGAACAACUUGCAACCCAGAGACCUUCAAUACUUCCAAUGUCACGAAGCUGUGCCCAGGAGCACAUUGCCUGUUUGCCUUCUAUGGUGGUGAGACUGCCUACCACAAGUACCUCAUCAUCUUUCAGAUUUUCAAUAUUUUCAUGUUCUUUUGGCUGGCCAACUUUGUCAUUGCUUUGGGCCAAGUUACACUUGCUGGGGCCUUUGCAUCAUACUACUGGGCUUUUAAAAAACCUGAUGAUAUGCCAGCAUUUCCCCUCUUCUCCUCAUUUGGCCGAGCACUCAGGUAUCACACUGGUUCACUGGCCUUUGGAUCCCUGAUUCUUGCCAUUGUCCAGGUCAUUCGAGUCAUUCUGGAAUACUUAGAUCAUAAACUAAAAGCUUCUGAGAAUAUGUUUGCCAAGUUCCUUUUGACCUGUUUCAAAUGCUGCUUCUGGUGCCUGGAGAAAUUCAUCAAGUUUUUGAAUAGAAAUGCAUACAUUAUGAUUGCUAUUUACGGUACCAAUUUCUGCACUUCUGCCAGGAAUGCCUUUUCCUUGCUCAUGAGGAACAUAAUCAGGGUGGCUGUUUUGGACAAAGUCACUGAUUUCCUGUUUUUCCUUGGAAAAAUCCUAAUUGUGGGAAGUGUUGGUAUCCUUGCUUUCUUUUUUUUCACCCAAAGAAUAAAGCUGAUUCAAGACACAGCACCAACUCUCAAUUAUUACUGGGUCCCCAUUCUGACAGUGAUUGUGGGUUCCUACCUCAUUGCACAUGGAUUUUUCAGUGUAUAUGCCAUGUGCGUGGACACACUUUUCCUUUGCUUCUGCGAAGAUCUGGAAAGGAACGAUGGAACUCCUGAGCGGCCUUAUUACAUGUCCUGUGCCUUGAGUGAAAUCCUCCUGAAGGGAAGCCUAAAAUCUUCCAAAAAUGCUGAGAGUCAAGAAUAGGGACAAUGCACCAAAUGGGAAAGAUGGAUGCAGAUGUCCCACUGCAAACCUUCUGUGUGUAGAUGCUGUACCUUCAUAGGCAAUUUUUGAUAUUCUGAGAAAUGAUGGUGCUCAUGAUUUGCAUCAAGCAAGUAGCUAUUGGUGGUAUAUACUGUAAUCUGUUUCUGUCCAGCAGAUUUUCCAAUACCAAAGAAAUUGGAGGGUGAAUGUAUUUAAAGUUGAAGAAAAUGCCUCAGUAUGAUUCUACUAUUGCUGUCUUAACUAUGGUUGCUUUUGGCACAGAUAUCUUAUCAGGUGCACAAAGAAUAACACCAGAACAAUUCAAAAUGAAGUAAAAUUAAUAUCCACAGCAAUACAUUAACAAUUUCUGUUACAAUAAAAAUGUUUUCAAAUAUUCGACCUUUCCAGAUUCCAAAUGUCCCUAUAUUCCAUGUGCAACCAUCUAUAAGAAAGAUAGCCCAAUAUAGCAAUAUCUUGAUGCUUAAGAAAGCAGCUGCUUGGAUAUAAAUAAAAUACUUUGACAAAGGUUUGCUUACUUAAUAGUAUACUUUCCUUUGGUUGGAACAGAUUUUGAAUUAGUAUAUAACUGCAAUUGUAGUUGUAUGCCAGGGGUCUUCAAACGUGGCCCUUUUAUGACUUGUGGACGUCAACUCCCAGAACUCCUCAGCCAGCAUGCCUGGCUGAGGAAUUCUGGGAGUUGAAGUCCACAAGCCAUAAAAGGGCUAUAUUUGAAGACCCCUGUUGUAUGCAAACAGAAGUAAAUAGUGGGAUGAAGAUAACCAAAAUGAGCAUCAUUUCUCUUUCAGAUUAGUUUCAGCUCUUUGGAAAUAUCUUGCUUCUGUACAAGUGCUUUCUUGUUGGCUUAAACUAUUAGCAAACUUCUCCAGGGUAGGAAGUCCUUGGAGAGGCUUCUUCUGUCUUUCUAUUUCUGUGCAUUAUAUAGAGAUGCAAUCAACAAAAGGCAUCAAAGAUUAACACAACUGUUCUAAAGGAGGAAUGCUGAAACAUAAAAAAGCCAGAUUCUUAUCUUCUAUUUGCAUAGUAAACUUGUAACACUUUGUGUUUUCCUACUUAUGAGUAGGAAAUUUUUAUCUAGAGAAGUUUAAUUUCAGAAAAGAGGUUAAGAAUAAUUUUCAAAUGUGAAUAAUAGGAAAAUGUCACAUAACUCCACUUUUGCUUUGCUAAUGACAGUUUCUGAACAAGGAAGCUAUUAUUCAGUUUCUUUGUAUUCCAUGGGAGAAAAAAAAAGACCUCAGAUUUCAUGGAUGUGCCUAGAAUCUUUGAGAAUGGCAAGAUUUAUCCCUUACUUUAAGAUAGGGUUUUAAAAAGUCCCUAACCAGAUCUUUUUGGAUGGAAAAUUCUAACAUCCUUUCUGUUGAAUAGCAGAACAGGAAAAUUCUCAAAUCAGAAUCAUUUUCAGUCUAAUUAUGAAUGUCUGUCAUAGGUACUUUUCUGCUCAUAGUGAGAGCUAAUCACUACUGCAAGAAGUGGUCAAGUUUCCCUUAAUUUCCAUAAGCCAGGAUUAUUCCUAUGUGUAUUUGCAUGUUUAGUCUAUCUUCCUUGUCUUAGUUCCGAAAUGAUCUUUUCACAUCCUUUUGCUUGAGGGGGAUUUGUGUUUCUUUGCAGUGGAAGACCUGGAGCGUAAUGAUGGCUCUACUGAGAAGCCUUACUUCAUGUCAUCUAACCUGAGAAAACUCCUGAAGAAGACUAAUAAACAGACAGAUGCAUGAUUUGGCAAGCCUGUCUUUCUAUGAGAUAGAAUGUAAUGUACCAACUUGACUUUUGUCAAGAUAGAGCAGCAUCUGCAAGGUUAUAAUAUCUGCUAGCCCUAGCUGUGCCAUAUAACUGUAGCUUGGGCAAAAUUAGACACCUCUCUUCUUGUAUCUUUUGGUUUUCAAGUGUAGAGGUUUUUGUUUCUUUUGCCAUUUAAAGUGAUAAAUUAGCCACAGGUUAUAAUAAAUAUAAUAAAUAUAGUUUAGGAAUAUAGCAUAAUAAAUCAGAUUGAGAUCUGUUAAGACUGAGACCAGUUAAGAAAACCAUCCAUCCUAUUGGAACCAGGACUAUAUAAACAUUGGAUUAGCAAUUCUUGUUUGCUAAUACAGACUGAGUAAAUUGUAUAGAAUAGACAGUGGUAAAUGUAAAUGAUCUAGUGAAACUGCAUUUGAUCCAGUUUAGUUAUUAACCAUGUGUUCCAAAAAAAUUUAUUUUUCUUGUAAUGGCAUUUUUUUAUGCAAUCAUUAACCACUUAAAAAGGUCAUCUUAAAGGUCUCAAUGAUCCCAGGAAGGGUUUUCAUAUUAUAUACUAAUGUUUAUGGAAAAAUCUAUUUUCUAAAAUAUACUUCACUGCCACUUCCACGUCCCCAACACAAUUUAAUAAUGACACCAAGCAUAAUUAGUAAAUAGUAAAUCCAGAUAAGAAAAGUGUAUUCUAGGAAAAGAUUGUUAUAACUGGGAAGGAAAAUUUGACAAUAGCUUUGUUUUUGUAAUGAAAAUGGUCAAAAUCAUGCAAAACAAUAAAAUUAGCAUGAAAUAUAAAAUAAAUCAAUACAUAACAAGAAAGGAGCCAUAAUAAUCAAAAGUUCAAAAUUAUGUACUAUAUAAUGAGCAAUUUACUUUGAAAUUUAUUCUAAAAAGCCAUGUAUUUUUAAUCUGCCCAAGUAGAUUUAGCUUAAUUUUCACUUUCUUAUAUUUUAUUUCAUAUAUUGCUGUACUUUUCACAGAAAAUAUAACUGAAAUAUUAAACAUUUUGUUUUGUAAAUUUGUUUAGCAUUUUUUAUUACACACAGUACUAUAAUGAAUAUAGAUGCCUGCAAAUUGCCAUUAAAAUAGUUUAUCUUUUCUUCCUGUCCUUAAAUCUAGUCUUCUAACUUUAAGCUUGUAGAAGAUGUAAAGUUUUUAUUUCAACAUUAUUUCUUUCUUUUAAUUAAAACCUAUUAUAUAUUUCUUGCAAAAUAGGCAAGGUAAAUUAGAUAAGUGGCUUAAUUGUCAUUACAGGAACUCAAACAUACAAUAUUGUGUAAAAUAAACACAUUGGCAAACU